AUGGCGCGCUGCUCCGUUGCGAAACCGUUCUGCGCCACCACCGCGACUCCUCGCCUCUCUCGUCGCGGCCGGCAUCUCUCCGCGAACGCCACCACCCCGGCCAUGUCCACCAGUAAAUCAGGGUUGCCGGCCCUAAGCAAACCGGCCAAACCACCGCCGCCACCUCUCCUCUCGCGUCCGAAGCUCCCCGUCCCCACCAACACCGCCACUGACACCACCAGCGGCAAGGAUUGCCCCAAGAAACCACCGCCGGAAGCUACUCACUCGCAUCCGUCCUCGUCAGCGGCCGGCGACGUGCUCCGCCUGAUGGACGCGCUGGGCAUCCCGCCCGACGAGGACAUCUACAUAUCCCUCCUCAGGGAGUGCGCCGACGCGGCGGAGGUGGCCUCCGUGCACGCGCACAUAACCGCGCGGUGCGCCGCCGACGGACUCCCGUCGCCGGUCGCCAACCGGGUGCUGCUCUCAUACGCCGCGUGUGGGGAUAUCGAAGCUGCACGCCGGGUGUUCGACCGAAUGCCCACGAGGAACGGCAUGGCGUGGGCGACCAUGGUGUCCGCCUACUCGGAUGGUUGCUUCCAUCGUAAAGCAAUGCGUCUGUUCGCCCACAUGUGCCACAGAACGCUGGUCCUGGAUGGCGAUUGCUGUUCCCAUGUCAUCGUGGCCGUGCUGCGGUCGUGUACUCGUGUGGGCGAACUACGUCUCGGCGAGCAGGUACACGCUCUCGUCAUCAAGAAAGGCAGGGUCCGCGGUGACAUUGGUAGCUCGCUAGUGCAGCUGUACUGCGAGAGCGGCGGUCUUCACAGAAGCGCGCGGCGAGUUCUCGUGAUGAUGAUGCAGCACCAUUGUCAGGAACCAAUCCCUGAGGCGGCCUGGACGAGCCUGAUCACAUGCUGCCACCGAGACGGCCAGCUGAACGAGGCCAUCGACGUCUUCAGGGACAUGGCGUCCUCUGGCGUUCCAAGGAGCAGCUUCUCCCUGUCGAGCAUCCUCGCCGUGUUCGCGGAGUCACAGCACCAAGGGUGCUGCGGGCAGCAGGUGCACGCCGACACCAUCAAGCGUGGCGUGGACACGAACCAGUUCGUUGGCUCUGGGCUGGUACACAUGUACGCCAAGCAAGGGCAGCUGGCAGAUGCCGCCAGGGCGUUCGAGGCAAUCGGUGGCAAGCCUGACACCGCGUGCUGGAGCGCCCUUGCCAUGGCGUAUGCUCGCGGCGGACGGUACAGAGAGGCCACCAGAGUCAUGUAUCAGAUGAAAGCUGCCGGGGUGAUUCCAUCUGAAGAGAUGGCCGAUGCGGUCAGGUUGGCCUGUUUCAGAAGAUCGUGA